AUGCCCAUUGUCCAAACAACUAAUCAGAUCAAGCACACUCCACCGCUCUCUUCGCACACACCACCAGGACUACUACCUGAUCCCCCACCGCAUCUCUUGCAAUCAGCUCUCAUCCACUCAGCCAACCCGCCCCACCCAGUCACCAUUCCUCACAAAUCAAUCCUGCAACCUGUCUGUAACUCCAUCAACCCAAACAACCAGCCCUAUUCAUGCGUUGACAGAUCUUUGCUAGGUUACCCCCUUAUCAUGUGGAAUGUAGACCCAUCGACAAACAAACAACAGAACAACUCGGGCAGUCCAUCUGCCGUCACCACUGCCUUUCAAUCCUUACCGAAAUCUAUGCUCCCAGGCGCCCAAUCAGUAAACCCAGAAACCUCAUCGACACCUUCCCAUCAAUCUAAACCUAACUCUCGAUCCGCUCACCCCCCUUCAUCUCAUCCCCCUAGCAUCCAUCACCCUACCAUUAUCCGUAGCCUGACCAGGCGUUUCUCACCUCCGUUCAAGCCCUUCGGAUCUAAAGAGCCAGACACGGAUGAAGAUUCUAUUGUCCCAUUAGACUCACCAAUCAACAUCCCUUCUUCCAUGCUCUCUUCCGAUCUAUCCUCAAAUAGAUUCCGGAACCAUCCCAACGCUGAAGUGAUUGUCCUCUCAGCAACCCAACCUGCCUCACGUGCAAUGAAGGCCAGUGGCUCCAAGCCCAAGCAUUGCGAAUCCAAAUUUACCACCCCGGGCGCUAACCAACCCGAUAGUCCGGGAGAUGAAGUCCUCCGCUCGUUCGUCUACGAUUCUGACAUGGAGAUGCAAGAUGCUCCGAGCCUCAAACGGCCCCGACGCAAGGGCGACAAAUCCAAUCGGCAGAAGAACCCCAAGCCUUGCUCAGCCAGCCAAUCCUCUAUCUCCGACCCAACCAUCUCUUCAAACAUACCUCAAGCAGUCACUUUUGCCCAAUCCCCCAAACCAUCCCGGAGCAACACUCGAUCAACUCAACCUUCCGCAUCCACUUCACGUAACCUUCUCAAGCAGCCAUCAGAUGACGACGAAGAUGUGGAGAUGGCAGUUGCUCCCAAGUCAAAGCUACUCACCAACGGCAAUGGGCGGGCGGCCACCGCAAGGCGAGCACUACUGAACACCGGUGCCAGCGGCCUAGUGUGGUCCGGUGGCGAGCAACCAUCCGAGCCCAUCCCGAGCUCUUCGACGGCAAUUAUCGCAUCUCCCCGAUUGCCUCCCGCGCGUCGCCCCUCUCCCAGCGACCCAGCUUCUCCGACUAACUUGUGUGGAUCCAGUAGUUCAACUCACGGUGAACCCGAGGAUGAACAACCCGGUGUACCUUCCCACGAGAGUCCGCCUGACAUUAAGCCAGUGAAAAAGUCUAAAACCAAGUCAGAUCCCAACUCAUCCCGUGUUAAGCGUCCCAAACCUCCUUCACCCAUCGAUCCCCCAACUGCACCCGAUACCCCAGCAGCACCAGCCGAUGGAAGCUGUAAGGUUGAAGUCAAGCGACGUAUAGCAGCCCUUUUGCCAGCCACUGAACCCGACGAAUACGGCCAAUACGAAUCCUCAACCUGUCAUCAAUGUCGUGUCAAGACCACCCGCCCAAAGAUGAUCUGUGACCAAUCACAAGACCCCAACUGCGUUGUCCGAGUUUGCCACACCUGUCUCAUGGUCCGGACGGUAUACGCCGAUAUGCCCGAACUUCGACCUCCAAUAUUUCAGUUCGUACCGGGUGGGACGAUGUUGUGUGUGAAAUGUCGAGAUAUCUGUCCUUGUGCUUCCUGUCGAAGACGUCGAGGUGAAAAGGAGCAAUGUCGCAGGGGUCUAGGUAGUGCUCUGAAAGGUUUCUACGGCUUGACGCCCGAGGAACGAGAACAGGCGCUAUUGAGGAAGAAAGAGAAGCAAGAAGCAGCCCGGCAGAAGAAGGAAGCCCGUCCGCCGAGCGAGAAGAAAGCACCCUCAACCGCAUUCCGCAGGGAAGUUGCUUCGAUUCGUGGUGCCUAUGAUGACGACGAACAUGGACGCCUUGAACAUUGGGCUCCCCUUCCUGUUUUCCCUCCGUUACCCAAGCGACGGAAGAAGAAAAGAAAACGACUGGAACUCAUCGAAGGCGCUCGACUAGACUCACAGGCAAGCGAUACCGACAGUGAUAGCAGUUGUAGCGAUAGUGACAGCAAUGAUGAGACGGACAGCGACGCGCAGUCGCUCUCCUCGGUAUCCUCCUUCCGCUCUGGCGCCCGAGCGCGUCUCGUCUUGGGUCCCGAAUCAUUCCAGUUACCCCUCUCUUCGAACACACGGAACACACUCCCUCUACUGACCAAAAGCUGGCGGACGAAUCUCUCCCGCUCGCUCAAGGCCGAGCACUCCAGUUUUCGCAAGCCCCGCGGCCACAAGGCCCCAGUCGUGUGGAUCAAGAACGGCGCGAUGGUCCAGGCCCGCAAGCCGCCGACGACCGAGUUCAUGCAACGCCUUGCCCAGGAGCAGAAGGGCCGCUCCGGCUCUGACCCCAACCUCCCAGCUGACCAGCCUUCGAUAUCUCAUCCCAAUCCCGUGCCCUCUUCCAUCAAUCAAACCAACCCAUUAUACGGAUCGAUCGACGCCAGCCAACUCGACGAUCUGGAUAAGAUGGAUAUCUCUCGACCAAACUAUCCAGAUCCAACGAGUCCAAAUGGUUUCCAGUCCUCAUCGAAACUAAACGGCAACUCAGCUGGAUGCACAUGUACCAUGGAGCACCUGCAGUCUUCAAUAGAAGCACUGGAUAAUCCCUUAGUCCCCCACACUGAAAAAUGCCCGCUAUUUGGAUCUGACCGAUACCCACAACCGAUGCCGAUGAGUGAUCACCUGGGAAUGUGUUCAGGGAACCUGAAUCCGACUCCGCCGCCGAUCAUGGAAGGAGGGGCAGUGCAUGGGGAAUUCGGCGGCGAGAUGGACAUGGAACGGUUCCGAGCGCUGCGGACGACGACCGGCGAUGGAUUUGAACCGGGCUCGUCCCCGAUCGACCAUCAGACCUAUCUGGCAAGCCUAACGGAUGAGCAGCUGAGUGCGGUGCUGAAGGAGGGCCACAACGAGAUGAUCAAGCAAGGCCUGCUCCCGUCCUCGCUCAACCCGAACGGGAUGAUCCCGAGCAAGUUCACGAGCCAGUUCAGCACGGGGAUCUCGCCCGAACUCAUCUCGGCCGCGCUGCCCUUACGGGCGGAACACGAGCAGGGCUCGAGUGGCACGGAGGAGGACAUGGCGGGCGAGCAGGGCGCGACGACGAGCAGUGGCGCGCCGGGUGCGACGGCAACGAGUGGUGGCCCGGGCCUCAAGGAAUUGACCGAGGAGGACCAGGAGGCCGGGCUCAUCGAGGCGGCUAAUUGGGCCGCCGUGUGGGGCGCCACUGACGGCGCGGGCGGCUUCCUGGUCACCAAGCCCAAGACGCAUCCCGACGAGGACCCGGAAACGACGAUGGAGCAGCAGCAGCGGCAGGACGACUUCCCUGCCAACCCGCCUCUCAACCUUCAUCACCCCGCGACCACUAAUCUCCCAUUCCAGGACUCCUCCGUUUUCGAUAAUUGGGUCCAUCAUGCCGCGGGCACCGAUAAGGAACUCUUCCUCAGAGCUAUGAAGUCUCGCGUCGGCGACGAAUGGCUUACCGACGUCAUGCCCCUCGACUCUUGUUGA